AAUAAAAGUAAUAAUAAUUUCCAGUGGCUUUCAGUGUAUUUACAUACACUUCCAAGAACAAUGUUCAAGAAGAACAAACAUAGACAUAUAACUUAACAAUUUUGUGAUAAUACUUAGAUUCCAUAUAUUAGCCUGUAAGUAUAUACUUAAAUGUCAGGUCAAUGUCUAUAUAUUUGGAAUACCUGGCCGAUGAAAAGAGUUUUAAAAGUUUCAGCACAAGCAAGUAAUUGAAAAGAAUAAGUAAGUAGUGGAUGGGUGUAUGGGAAUGCAAGAGUGCAGGACUAAUAUAAAGUUACUUUAUACAUACAUAUAUGCAUACAGUAUACAGUGUAAGCAUAGUUAUUACUAUUACUAUAUACUAAAAUACUAAUAUACUAUGAAUAUGCUAUACAUAAAUAAGAAGUAAGUCUGUACAUCUGCUACUACUAACAAACAAAUGUAAUUUAAUUGAAAAACAAAAAUAUUGUGACCACACAGAGUCUGUGUGGCUGCUUAAUCCAGUGUUAGGUGAUCUGCCUUAAACUCAUAUAGUGCAAAAAUGCAUUGAAAGCAGCUCAGCCACAAUGGUGGGCAGCCAAAGGUUCAUUAGGUGUUUAACCAGGCAAUGUUCGUAGCCAAAUGAAAUGAAUUUAUGGAUGAAUUUAAAUUUUCUCAGGGAGGAAAUGUUUACCAAAAGUGACUUAAAAAUAUUGCUAAAACCAUGAAGGUAGUUCUAUCAGUGAGGUGGAGGCAGCUUCAGGUAACAUCACCAACAGGUAUGCUUAUUGAAAGUGACUUUGUGUCCUCUGUUUGAAAAUCAUUCUUGAUCCAAAGAUAAAAUGUAAUCUAUCUAUCUAUCUAUCUAUCUAUCUAUCUAUCUAUCUAUCUAUCUAUCUAUCUAUCUAUCUAUCUAUCUAUCUAUCUAUCUAUCUAUCAAGUACUGUAUUUGUGCAACGUUGCAACAAGCAUCCCUGACAGCCGCCCCCCCAUAGACAAACAUGACAGCUAUUUUGACCAAUAGGCUGCCUUUAAAUAUAGUUACGUAAUCAUAAUAUAGCGGGAGGAACCAAUCACGGGACUUUGGGGCGGGCCUUGGAAGCCCAUUGGAGACAGUCAUGUGGCCGCAGACACCGGCCGCUGAUUGGUCGGGGUGACCGGAGGGCGUGUCGACGGUGGCGGCGUGCGUUUGCCUCUGUGACACAAUUACAACAACUUUGAGCCGAUGGUUGGGGAAGUUUGCGAUAUUAUCAAAUAACACUCACUCCUAAAUCCCAACAUUACAUCAACUUCAUGCAUAUAUUGGCACUGGAAUACACGCUGUGUUUUGAUGUACAAUGAGGAGUGUAGAAGGUAAUUUGAAGGGAUCAUUUCCUUGAGGAUUUGGCAAGAAUUACGCUACGCCCCGUUUUAGUCCUGGAUAGGUGUGCAACACUUUCGUUGUUAUUGCAUUUUGCCGGAGUUGCUCGGUCCCGUUGAUCUUCCCGUCUGUUUUCCAUGAAAUCGUGCGGAGUGUCGCUCACCGCCGCUGCCUCUGCUGCUGCCCGGAGUCUCGGCGUUGCUGGUAAUGACGAGGAGAAAAUGGCGUCGGGAAAAGCGACUGAAAUCGAAGAGGACUUUCCGAAGCUAACAGCGCAAGAGAAAGAGAGCUUGGUCGGAAUUGACAGUUCACUGUUUGGAUUUCAUAGGCUUCAAGAAGAUGGCGCCAGAACGAAGGCCUUGCUGUUAAAGGCUGUUAGCUGCUAUGAUGCCCUCAUCCUGAAAGCAGAGGGGAAGGUGGACCCUGAUAUUUUCUGUCAGCUGGGCCACUUCAACCUUCUGCUGGAGGACUAUCAGAAAGCAUUAUCUGCAUACCAGAGGUACUUCAGUUUACAGUCGGACUACUGGAAGAAUGCUGCCUUUUUAUACGGCCUCGGCAUGGUUUACUACCAUUACAACGCCAUUCAGUGGGCAAUCAAGGCGUUCCAGGAGGUGCUUUACAUCGACCCCAGCUUCUCCAGAGCUAAAGAGAUUCAUCUGAGGCUGGGACUCAUGUUUAAAGUCAACACGGACUACGAGUCGAGCUUAAAGCAUUUUCAGCUGGCUUUGAUCGACUCCAAUCUCUGCACUUUGUCCAAAGCUGAAAUUCAGUUUCACAUCGCUCAUUUGUAUGAGAUCCAGAAGAAAUACAGAGCGGCGAAAGAAGCGUAUGAAAGUCUGUUGCAGACGGAAAAUCUUCCUGCACAGGUGAAGGCGACCACACUGCAACAGCUCGGCUGGAUGCAUCACACGGUGGAGCAGCUGGGGGAUAAAGGCACCAAGGACAGCUAUGCCAUCCAGUGUCUGCAGAAGUCUUUAGAAGCAGACCCAAACUCGGGCCAGUCCUGGUACUUUCUCGGCAGGUGCUACUCCAGUAUUGGGAAGGUGCAGGAUGCCUUCAUCUCUUACCGCCAGUCCAUCGAUAAGUCGGAGGCCAGCGCGGACACCUGGUGCUCCAUAGGGGUGCUCUACCAGCAGCAGAACCAGCCUAUGGACGCGCUGCAGGCCUACAUCUGCGCCGUUCAGCUGGACCACAGCCACGCCGCCGCCUGGAUGGACCUGGGCACGCUCUACGAGUCCUGCGGGCAGCCGCACGACGCGAUCAAGUGCUACAUCAACGCCACGCGCAGCAGGGCCUGCCUCAACACCGCCGCUCUCACACAGCGCAUCAAACUGCUGCAGGCUCAGUUGUGUAACCUACAGCCAGGUAGUCUGCAGAAUAAGAGUAAAAUGCUUCCUAGUAUUGAGGAGGCGUGGAGCCUUCCCAUUCCUGCUGAGCUCACGUCCAGGCAGGGGGCCUUGAACACUGCACAGGCACAGCAGGCCUGCAAGGGGGAGGGAGGCCAGUCCGCCAGUAACCACACAGACCCGCAGGCCAGUCCGGCCAAGAGGAAACGCACUGCCAGCCCAGCGAAGAGUGUCGCAGACGCGUGGGCAAACAGCAGCGGUCAGCAGCAGAUCCCCAGCUGGUACCUGACGCCACAGAAGCUUCAGCACCUGGAACACCUGCGGACCAACCGAGCAAACCUCAAGCCCCCACAGGUGCAGAUGCUGGAGCAGCUGGAGAACCAGUUCUCUCUCAUGCAGCAACAUCAGCAGCAGCAGAUGCGGCAGCAGGCAGCAGCCGGUGGACAACCGCGGCCCAGCCUCCCCAACGGUCCUCUGGCCGAGCCCCCCCACCACCACGCCGGCCUCUCCUGCGCCUCCCCCCUCAAUCACACGGCCGCCCGGCCCCCGUGCGUCACCCAGCCCACGGCCAACGGAACCUGUUCUUCGAGUCCCUCGGCGGCGGGGGGGCCGCUGGGACACCUGGAGAAGAAUCACACCCUGGGACUGGGAGGUGGCGGCGCGAGCAACGGAAACGUGCCUUACCCGCAGCAGAACUCUCUACCUCACAACUGCACAGCCGCCAGUCACCCCAGCACCAGCAGCACUACCAGUAGUCCCAGUCACACAUACGAGACAUGGAGGAGCCAGCAACGCAACACUACCACUCAGGGGCUUCACAAAGGUCCAGGUUCACAUUCGGCGGGUCCCAAUGGAGAACCCCCUUUCUCUUCCUCCUCCUCCCCUCAGACCUCGUUCUCUUCCUCUGGCAUUCUGAAUCAGGUUGGACAUUCCUCUGGGCCCUGCACUGCCUCCUCCUCAGCCUCCUCUCUGUCCCCCACCUCCCCCCAGACCACACCCAACCACCUGUCCUCGCCUCCCCACUCCGCUACUACCUCAGGGGUCCACACCAAAGACACCACGCCUUCAGGGGGCAGCAACGGCAGCGGCAUCGCCGCCGCCGCCACUUUGCCAUCAGGUCCGGAGGCCGCCGUCAGGCAUUCCGCCGGGACGCCCCUUAGUCCCGGCCCCACCCCCGCGCAGGGAUUGACUAAUCACGUCCAGCCGCGGGUGACGGACAGCUCUGCGAGCCCGUCUCAGCCCGGCUCUCCUGCCCCCGGCGUGCUCAGUUCAGACAAUCCUCAGCUCUCAGCCUUGCUAAAGGGAAAAGCCAAUACUACCAGUAAUGACAAUAACAAUAACCACAGUAACCACGGAGGGCCUUCCUCAGAGAAAAUCAACAACGUCCACCCGGGUCUCCACGGCGCCGCCAAGCCGACAUCAGAGCGCUCAGCGGCGUCCUCGCCACACUCGGCCGCCGCUACGCCCUCGCCGCGCUCGGCAGACCCUCACGCCGCCAACAGCCUCUCCUGCCUUAACAGCCCGUCCAACACCAACAGCCAGGGGCCCACGCUCAACGGGAAGGGGCCGGAGGACUCCCGCAGCCCCGUGAAGGUGGAGCCUCCUGCAGGAGCUCUCAGACACAACGCCCCCGCCGCUCUGGCUCCCUGGUCCUCCUUCUCCAUCUACCCCAGCUCCAGCGAAGUCCUCAAAGCCUGCAGGAAUCUGGGGAAGAACGGUCUGUCGACGAGCAGCAUCCUCUUGGACAAGUGUCCCCCGCCGCGACCCCCUCGCCAGCCCUCCCCUCCGCUGCCAAAGGACAAACUCAACCCUCCGACGCCCAGUAUUUAUCUAGAAAACAAGAGGGACGCCUUCUUCCCUCCUCUCCAUCAGUUCUGCACCAACUCGGCCAACCCGGUCACCGUCAUCAGAGGACUGGCAGGAGCUCUUAAACUCGACUUGGGCCUGUUCUCCACCAAGACGCUGGUGGAGGCCAACCCGGACCACCUGGUGGAGGUGCGGACCCAGUUAGCUCAGCCCACCGACGAGAACUGGGACCCCAGCGGCAGCAGGAAGAUGUGGCGAUGCGAGAGCAGCCGCUCCCUCACCACCAUCAUCAAAUACGCCCAGUACCAGGCCUCGUCCUUCCAGGAGUCUCUGCGGGAGGAGAACGAGAAGAAGAAGGAGAUGGACGCAGAAGCGAGUUCCUCAGACAGUGCGAUGCGGCGGAGGAAAGGCCCUUUCAAACACAUCAAGUUCGGCACCAACAUCGACCUCUCCGACGAGAAGAAGUGGAAGCAGCAGCUGCAGGAACUGGCCAAGCUGCCGGCGUUUGCUCGGGUGGUGUCGGCCGGGAACCUGCUGAGCCACGUGGGACACACCAUCCUGGGCAUGAACACCGUGCAGCUCUACAUGAAGGUGCCAGGCAGCAGGACGCCAGGUCAUCAAGAGAACAACAACUUCUGCUCGGUCAACAUCAACAUCGGUCCCGGGGACUGUGAGUGGUUCGCGGUGCCGGAGCCGUACUGGGGCGUCAUCAACGACUUCUGCGAAAAGAACAACAUCAACUUCCUGAUGGGCUCGUGGUGGCCCAACCUGGAGGACCUGUACGAGACCAACGUGCCUGUUUACCGCUUCAUCCAGCGCCCCGGAGACCUAGUGUGGCUCAACACGGGCACCAUCCACUGGGUGCAGGCCAUCGGCUGGUGCAACAACAUCGCGUGGAACGUCGGACCCCUCACAGCACAUCAGUACAAACUGGCCGUGGAGCGCUACGAGUGGAACAAGCUGCAGAGCGUCAAGUCCAUCGUUCCCAUGAUCCACCUCUCCUGGAACAUGGCGAGGAACAUCAAAGUGUCCGACCACAGGCUGUUUGAGAUGAUCAAGUAUUGUUUGUUACGGACUCUGAAACAGUGUCAGAUGCAGCGGGAACUGCUGUUGGCUGCUGGGAAGGAGCUGGUUUGGCACGGGAGGACGCAGAACGAGCCGGCGCAUUACUGCAGCAUCUGUGAGGUGGAGGUGUUCGACCUGCUGUUCGUCACAAGCGAGAGCAACAGCAGGAAGACGUACGUGGUGCACUGCCAGGACUGCGCCCGCAGGGGGAGCAGCAGCAACCUGGACAACUUUGUGGUGCUGGAGCAGUACAAGAUCGAGGACCUGAUGCAGGUUUACGACCAGUUCACACUCGCCAGUCCCCUGCCUUCCUCCUCGUGAUGCUGACGCUCCGUUUGUGCUGCGGACGGGUCGACGGGUCGACGGGUCGACGGGCCGACGGACUCGGACGAAUCAGAAACUCUCCGGGAAAAGAAACACUUUUUUUUUUUUUUUUUUUUUUCUCUGAUAUUCAGGAAGAAGCCGACAGUCCUCCAACUGCGCUCUGUAGCUAUCCCAUAAGGCAGCUGCGUGAAAGCUGUGUGUCUAUGCAACCUGCCCACAGUGGUGUGUGCCCUGACCCCCCCCACCCCCACCCCCCAAGAGGAUUGGAUGGUGGCGGGGGGGGCAGCUCCUCCUUUCAUCGUCAUGACCAGACUGUUCUACUGCUGGCCCAGCUGGACUCCACUAGAAAACACAACACAGGACCCCCCCCCCCCACACACACACACACACACACACACACACACACACACACAUAAAAAUGAUGAAAUAAAGUUUUGUACAUAUUAAGUUUUAACUGGCAACAGUCACACAGAGACUACUGACUUGAUAGUUUUCUUUUUCCAUUUUUUCAGUUUUUUUUUUUUUGUUUUGUUUUUUGUUUUAGUUUUUUUUAAACUGUUUGUGGGUUGACACCAGAGCUUCACCCCCCCCCCCCCCCCCCCUCCAUGAGAUGAGUCAUUAGCCUAGCAGAUCUUUUGUAUGUUAGACUCCUCAGUCAGGAAAACCAGAUAAAAACUGUUUUGUAAUGUGAAAAGUUGAGUGACACAUUUCUUUACAACCCCCCCCCCCCCUUUUUUUUCUAAGCGUUAAAUGACGAGUCUUUGUUACGUUGAGGGAGAGGAAAUCAUUCGUAGACAAACAGCCAAGUCACAGAAAAAGGGUUGCACAUAGACAAAAAGAGUGAACUUUAAUUUGUGUUUUUUCUUUUUUUUUUUUUUUUUUUAUUUUGAUGUAAAUUUACACUAUUUAUAAAAUGCAUAUUUAUUGCUUGAAAAUAUUUGUUGAUGGAAUGCUGUAAUUUUUUUUCCAGAGUACCUGCCAUUAAAUUUGAAGGCGCCUUGUGAUUUUAAGCUCGGCCCCUCAUACGUUUUCUAUAUAAAUAAAACUGCUUAGUAAGCGUUGUACAGAGACCUCGAGAUGGGUUUAUUGUUUGAAGGAUGUUUUAUGCGUCAAUAAACAAAAACUGUCUUUAUUUA